AUGCGACAUUACCCGGAGAUGGCCAAGGACGUUCAGGGCGGCCCGAAGGCUAACCCUACGCGGGCAAAGGCGCGAGCGAAGGCGGACGAGAGCGUUAUUCAUGCAAUGGCCGCGCUUGCCAAGAAGCUAGGAUUUCAUACUCCACCAGUCAAGACUAUCAUAAGACAAUCACCUGACCACCAGAUUGCCCGGGCUGCCCUGCUCAAAGCACGGAAGCCGGAUCACUACUACUAUGACAGCGGAGCUUUCGAGUCUCUUAUCAAGCAGAUUACUGAGCACGCGGAGCAGGAAAUAACCCGUCUAGUCAACAAGCCGGAGUACCCUGAACAUAUUUCUAGAAGACCAUUACCAGCUGAGGGCCAGGAAGGAAUAGCAGGAGAGCUAAUAGUGGAUAGAACUAAGCUCAUCGUGGAAGUGGGUGAAGAAGUCCACCAAGAAGAUCAAGUGGCUCGGGAGCGCGCAGAUGCUCUUACUCAGCUACAAACACCUGGGGCCAGGGAGGAUCCCCGGCCUGUGACUGAGCUCCCCGCUGACUUGCCGAGCCUGAUUACAAGAUUACGGGAAGAGGGAAGCCAGCUGGGUGAUGAAAGUGUGAUUCCCGACAAUAUUGGAAUGCAGGAACUUCCUGAAUUGAAGCCGGCCACUGUUGAUAAUCUGGACGGUGUUGGGGGUGAGACCGCGGCGGGUGUUGUUAAACCAGGGCUUUCUCAACAGGAGACCGAACGACAUAGAGCGGAUCUACCUAAUCCAGAACAGGCUCAGCGCCAGGCAGUAGAAGAGGAUCCGGGAAGACUAACCCUAGAAGUUCCCGAUCCUCUUCGCCCCGGAAGCAUGCCUGCGGGUCUUUCCAGUGAUGUGCCACCGGAGCGGAGGGUCACAGUCACAUUCUAUGUCUACGAGCGACAGGCAUGGAAAAAGAUGGAUAUGGUCACUGUGAGCCCUACUCAACUUGCUGAGGCGCAGAUCAUUACUGAAUAA